CAAGGCUUCCUUCGUUCCUCAUCCACCAACACGCUCUUCUUGCUUGGUUGACGAUUUGCACGCCGUAGCGCGUGCGUAGGUCACGUCCAUACCUAUCCCGGCAGCCUUUUUGAUUAUACCAUCGGCGCUGCGCGUCCGUCUUCUUCUACGCGUCCCUUAGCAGAAAGGAGCUUGCAGAUAUGGGCUUGUUUAGACAACACCUCCAUCCGGACGACCUGGACACGGACGAGGAGAAUGACGAGACUAUAGACCCGGAGCUCCGGCUUCGGACCGUCCGUACGGCGGCUUCUACUAUCGCAGAGUCGUUUCGGGAUGAGCAGCGCGUCCAGAGACGCAGGUCGAGGCUCCGACAGCGUUCCCUUAAGCUAUUCCGGGGAAAGAGCAAAGAAAAGCGGAAGGCGGAAUCAUCGGAGACAGACAGUGCGGUUACCGAGGAUGGGAAACCGCCCGUCCAACCUGUCGGGAAGAGGAGAAACAUCUAUGUCAACUCGACGCUCCCACCUUCGGAGUGUGAUGCGAAUGGUGAACCUCUGGCGCGAUAUGUACGGAACAAAGUGCGGACUACAAAAUAUACUAUUUUAUCAUUUAUUCCUAAGAAUCUUUAUGAACAAUUUCGACGAGUGGCAAAUCUUUACUUCCUGGCAUUGGUUCUCAUCCAAGUCUUCCCUGUCUUUGGUGCUGCUGCAGCGCAAAUAUCCAUGCUUCCGCUGGUAUUCAUUUUAGCAGUUACAGCAAUCAAGGAUGGUGUAGAAGACUAUCGGAGAGCAAUAACGGACGAAGAAGUAAAUACUUCGUCCGCUACGAAGCUCGGUGACUGGCGAAACGUAAAUCAACCCAAAGACCCUCGUCCGUGGUACGAGAAGGCUUUGGGUCUCAACCCACCUGGGAAAGUUACAAAGGGUGUACGGAAACUGAGAGAGCGGGAGGCCGAUACUUGGGGACGCAUCGUACUUCAGAGAAACGGUGAAAUGGGUGAUGCCAUGAGCGAUAGCGAUAGGACAGCUGCAGCGCACGACCAAGGACCUGACGCGAGCAGUGUUACGCUUGGAAAGGCUUCUGCAUACUCCCAAAUUGGAGAUCCGAGUGACUAUUCGCUUUCAUAUCCGCCAGUACCACCGUUGCCUGGUUACGCGACCCGAGCAUCUUCUUCAAGUCUUAGCAAGCGACCAAGAAGCGACUCAUUGGGUCAAGUUUCAGGGGAGGCAAUGUCUACGCGGUCUCAGACUCAGAAAGUACUUGGCGUAAUCGAUUGGAACAGACGAACGCCGGGAACUGCGCGUUGGGAACGCACGCUUUGGAAGAAGCUCGAAGUGGGGGACAUUGUCUUAUUACGCGAUAAUGACCAAGUCCCGGCCGACAUUGUCGUCUUAUCCACUUCGGAGGAGGAUGGCCUAUGCUAUCUCGAGACGAAGAACUUGGAUGGUGAGACAAACUUGAAGCCUCGACGGUCAUUAAAGGCUACGUCUUCUCUGCAGAGCGAGGAGGACAUCGAACAUGCAAGCUUCGUUCUGGACUCCGAGCCACCUCAUGCUAAUCUAUAUCUCUUUAAUGGUGUACUGAGAUAUCAGGAUCGACAUGCAAGAGAAGAGAAAGCGGAGCCAGUGACAAUCAACGAGCUACUUCUCCGUGGGUGUUCAGUCAGGAACACGAACUGGAUCAUUGGUCUGGUCGUUUUCACGGGUGCGGAUACCAAGAUCAUGCUGAACGGUGGAAACACGCCUAGUAAGCGGAGCAAGAUUGAACGAGAGACGAACUUCAACGUGGUCGUGAACUUCAUUGUCUUGAUACUCAUGUGUCUUGCGACGGGCAUUGCGAAUGGUGUGCUCGACGCCAAGACAAAUACCAGUAAAGCUUUCUUUGAAGCCGAUAGCGAACCGUCAAGCUCUCAUAUCAUCAAUGGUAUUGUCACAUUCGCAUCUUGCCUGAUUGUGUUCCAGAACAUCGUGCCAAUUUCACUUUACAUUUCCAUCGAAAUAGUGAAGACCAUCCAAGCGUUCUUUAUUUCUCAGGACAUCGACAUGUUUUACGCUCCAUACGACACCGCAUGCGUUCCCAAGACCUGGAACAUAUCCGACGAUCUCGGACAAAUUGAAUAUAUUUUCUCCGAUAAAACGGGCACGCUGACACAGAACAUCAUGGAGUUCCAGAAAUGUUCGGUGAACGGCGUACCGUACGGGGAGGGAAUCACAGAGGCCCAACGCGGUUCUGCGAUGAGGACUGGGAACGCAGUCGUCACGCCGGAGGAGCAGACCGAGCAAUUGGCAGCACUCAAGCAGGAUAUGUUGCAGAAAAUGUCUCGCGGAUUUACAAACCAUUGGCAACAGGCCGACAAGCUCACGCUCAUCUCACCGAAGCUCGCAUUAGAACUUUCAGACCGGUCAUCCCCCCAGCACGAGCAUCUUAUUGCAUUUUUCAGAGCCUUGGCGUUGUGUCAUUCCGUCAUUGCGGACAGACCUGAUCCACAGAUGCAGCCAUAUCACGUCGAUUACAAGGCGGAAUCACCGGAUGAAGCAGCGCUAGUCGCCGCGACGAGAGAUGCUGGUUUUCCGUUCGUUGGGAAAGCAAAUGGUUUCCUUGAAAUAGAAGUCAUGGGUCGACCGGAACGUUUCGCUCUUUUGAAACUCCUCGAGUUCAACAGCACACGCAAGCGUAUGAGCGUUAUCGUACGCAGUGUAGAGGGUCGGAUUAUCUUAUACACGAAGGGUGCUGACUCGGUCAUCUAUGCUCGCUUGGCAGCUGAUCAAGACCAGGAACUAAAAGUGAAAACGCAGAAGGAUAUGGAGGACUUCGCAAACGGUGGGCUGAGAACGCUUUGCAUCGCUUAUCGCAUUCUGAGCGAAGAGGAGUACACUGAAUGGGCAAGGAUAUAUGACGCAGCGGCUUCGGCAGUGAACGACCGAGAAGAACUUAUCGAACAGGCUUGCGAGAAGAUUGAACAUUCUUUGUACAUCCUCGGUGCGACAGCUUUGGAAGAUAAGCUUCAGGAAGGCGUACCAGAUGCUAUCGAGAUGCUGCAUAGAGCUGGGAUCAAGCUUUGGAUCCUUACCGGGGACAAAGUCCAAACGGCAAUCGAAAUUGGAUACAGUUGCAACUUGCUCAAGCAGGACAUGGACGUCAUGAUCGUGACAGCUGCCUCGAAGGAUGAAGCCAGGACGAAGAUAGAAGCUGGGCUAAAUAAAAUUGCGUCUGUUCUCGGGCCGCCGAGAUGGACGUCGGAGUCGCGUGGUUUCAUACCAGGUGCUCAGGCUAGCUUUGGUAUUGUUAUUGAUGGAGAUACGCUUCGUUACGCUUUGGAACCUGAUUUAAAGCCGAUGUUCUUGAACUUGGCGACACAGUGCGAGACUGUCGUUUGUUGUCGAGUGUCCCCUGCGCAGAAGGCAUUGACCGUUAAGCUCGUCAAGGAAGGACGAAACGCUAUGACGCUGUCGAUUGGCGACGGUGCGAACGACGUUGCCAUGAUUCAAGAAGCAAACGUUGGGUGCGGACUUCUUGGCCUCGAAGGCUCGCAAGCUGCGAUGUCUGCGGAUUAUGCUUUUGGCCAGUUCCGAUUCUUGACGAAACUUCUUAUCGUCCACGGAAGAUGGUCUUAUUUGAGGGUUGCGGAUAUGCAUGCCAACUUCUUCUACAAGAACGUUAUCUGGACACUGGCUAUGUUUUGGUAUCUUCCCUUCAACAGCUUCGACGCAACCUAUCUUUAUCAGUACACAUUCAUUCUACUCUACAACAUUGUCUUUUCGUCAUUGCCAGUCAUUUCUAUGGGAGCAUUCGACCAGGAUAUUAAUGCAAAGGCUGCUCUUGCAUUUCCCCAACUGUACUUACGCGGGAUUCGUGGACUAGAUUAUACCCGGCUGAAGUUCUGGCUGUACAUGGGAGAUGGCCUUUAUCAAUCGGUGGUAGUCUUCUUUAUCCCGUAUUUCGCAUGGUCUCUUGGACCAGCCGUGGCAUGGAACGGUAAGGGUAUCGAUUCUCUCGCGGACUUCGGCACAACGAUUGCUGUCGCGGCCAUCAUCAGCGUCAAUUGCUACGUUGGCAUGAACACUCGAUAUUGGACAGUGAUCACUUGGAUUGUUGUUAUUGGCUCGUCCCUGGUCAUGAUCAUUUGGAUAAUUAUCUAUUCUUUCUUUGAGUCAGUCGACUUCAACAACGAGGUCGUAGUCCUCUUUGGCGAGGUCACAUUCUGGGUCACCGUACUUCUCACGGUCGUCACAGCUCUGGCACCCCGAUACGUGGUGAAGGCCGUCCGCUCAUGUUUCUUCCCGCUCGACCGUGACAUUGUUCGCGAAAUGUGGGUCAGGGGAGACCUCAAGAAGCGACUCGGUAUCAAACGUCGAAAGGAUCCUGAAACUGGCGAUACGAAUCGAGGCUUUGAGACAACGCCCAUUCGAGCCUAUCAUGAUCGGUCCAUAUCUACAGGCAGUCAGUACGAAAUUGGAUACGAACCCGCAUAUGCGAACAGCCCAGGAGAGUUUGAGAUGACUCCGCCUCAGACUGUUGGAAUAGCCAACCGAGCUCGUCAAGAAGAAGACUGGCAACAAGGACCUCAAUAUGUUGUCGCCGGAGAUCCUGAUGAGGCGAACUACCUAGCACCUGGGGCGCAUGCUUCACCUGGUGCCGGCUCUGUUUCACCUCACCCAUCAUAUUAUUCUGCUUCAGACAUUCCUCCUCCAUCACCUCUGCCGGAACCACAAUACCUAUGUUACAACCCGGAGCCUACUAUGAUAUCCAGAGUAACAACACCCGUAUCUGCUCACACACCGCCACCUAAGAACAACUUAGAACUACCAUAUCAGCCGCCAUUACGGAACGAACCAACUGCUCGCGGCGGAGGAAUUGAGACGCGAGUACGAAGUCCGCCAUCGGCCUUCCCAGCACGGAUGCAAUCGACUUCUCCCUUCCCACGAGCUCCCUCGCAAGCAAGUGAGUAUUCGUCGGAUCCUAGAGCUGCAUCGCGCGCCGCAAGUGAGCAUUCACGAUAUGCGACGGCGAGUGAAGGAUGGGAUGACGAGGACGACGCGUCCACCAUCAACGAACAUACACAUGGUAGACCCGGCUCAACCUAUUCUACAUCACCUCAUGCCUUAUAGCACAUUCCUUCAUUUUUAUCCUGACUUUCUUGUAUCUACUUUCUGCAUCCUGUUUUGCUUUGACAAUCUCUACGUCUUUCGUGUAACUUAAUUUGCCUAAAGCUCUGAUUUCCAAUCUUUUUGACACACCCGUUCAUUUGUCUCUCACUUCCAAUUGAUGCUUGUGAUCACUGUUCGGAUUUUGCGCUGACGGACCUCCCUCAUCCUCACGGUCUUUGUACUCUACAUGAACUUAG